AUGAAAGAAUGCAGAGAAGUUACUACACCUAUGGAGGCAGGAUUUAAUGCAGAUACGAAAGAAAUAAUUAAGGUUCCAUAUAAAGAAUUAAUAGGUUCUUUACUGUUUAUAUCAUCUAACAGUAGACCAGAUAUCACUUUUGCAAUUUCAUAUUUAAGCCGUUUUCUAGAUAAACCUACAGAGGGUGUUUGGAAGGCAGCUAAAAGAGUAAUGCGGUACUUGAAGGGGACGAAAGAGAAAAGUCUAAUAUACAGAAGGAGGAUUAGUCAAGAUUUAACAACAUUUUCAGACGCAGACUGGGCAUCUGACAAAAUUGAUAGGAAAAGUACUAGUGGCUGUGCUGUAUUUUAUGCUGGAAAACUUAUUUCCUGGUAUUCUAAGAAACAAGCUUCUGUAGCCUUAUCGACUGCUGAGGCUGAAUACUUAGACGGUGCUCUUGCUGUUUGUUAA